AUGUGGCCUUUCGGAUCGAGCAAACCGGAGAAGGAUGUCACUUCCGAACUUCCCGAGGAGCUUAAAGACUUUUACAAGGAAGUCACACCGACAAAGCAAAGAGUUACCCUGGACUCCAAAGAUGAGAGAGUUGCUAAGAUCCUAAACAGGCAAAAGGCACACUACACACACGAACUCGAUCAGUUCAAACGAGACUACCUGGCGCAGAAAGCAUCUGCAAUUAAUUGUGCAGAGCUUCAAGCAGCUGUCCUUAAAUGCUACGAGGGCUGGCUGUUCUUUGGUGCGGACAACUGCUCUGCGGAGAUCAAGCGAGCAUCCAAAUGUAAUGAAUUGCAAGAGAGAGCCUUUCAGAAACUAAGAUAUAAUGAUUGCUAUAGUCAAAGACAGUGUAGCGCCAUUCGUUACUUGGUGGAUCAAUUGUUCAUCAAGAACUUCGGUCAAUUGGGCGAGAAUGUCAACGACGAGCUGCAGGUUAAUUUUGAAAAAGAUUUAGACAAUGCAUUCGAGAAGGUCUGGAAAUAG